CGAUGAUCACAACAUCACCAGCUCGCCAAGGUCGCCACCGUAACGACGCACAGGGAGAUAGUGGAUACCUGACUCGACCACGCCAUGUCCGACGUAGGAAUGGACGAACAACCUAGACGGAGCGGGAGGCAGAGGAAGGCGACGCAGCAGUAUGGCAAUACCGGUACCGGUACGGCGAGAGAUGAUGAAGAUGAUGAGCUUUCGGAGGAGGAGUUGUCAGAGGAAGAAGAGGACGAGGUGGAGUCUGACGGGUCCAUGAUCGAAGUCCGCCCGACGAAAAAAUCUAAACCCAACCCUCCCACCUCUACGCCGAAGAAGAAGGGCCAGACCACACCCUCUUCCGCCAAGUCCAAGUCCAAGACCAAGACAUCUACGCAAGCCAGAACCAAGACCACCGCUGAGGCGAAAAGCAAGUCUUCUUCUGGGAAGGGGAAAGGAACGACUAAAGGCAAAGGCAAAGGCAACGGCAAGGGGAAGGGGAAAGAAAUCGCCGGCAAGCAGGGCAAGUUGGUCGGGGAUGGAGAGUUGGAGAUUAGUGAUGAUAACGGGUUGUUCAACGCCCUCAUGGACCCCCAAACGCCCAUCAUCCAAGUCCUCGAAGAGUGGUUGUUGAACUAUCAAGCGACCGGCGGGGAAGGCGACGAGGAUGAAGAGGAAGCGAGGGAGGAGGAGAAGAGGUAUCUGGCAGAGCUAGUUGGGUUUGUUUGGAGGUGUUGUGGGCUGUCGAACGAGAUCUCUCCUGACGUCGCGGACGAUGUGGACGGUGCGCCGGAGAGGAUCGAUGAUGUGCAUACCGAGUUGCAGGAGGCCAAAGAGGGCCCAGUGUACCCGCUCAUCUCACGGGCGAAAAACUUCAGGGCGAUCCAGAAGAACCUACCCGACAUGCUCAUCACCUUUAUCGACCUCCUCAACAACGGCCCCUUGCUCUACAUUACCGACUCGUCACCACCACCCGAGACCGGACCGACGACGCCGCUGGUGUCGCUUUUGCUCACCUGGUUGAACCCGAUGACCAUGAGUCCGUACAGGGCUAUCCGACAUACGGCGACGUUUAUCGCCAUGUCCCUGGGAGUGGGUAUCUGCAAGGUCGCGCAAAAGAUAGAGGAUCUGGUCGGGAAGGCCGAAGCGGGAAGGACCAAGAGGGCGGAGAACAAGGGCAAGGCGGCGGCCAGCAAGGGAGGGAAGGGUGACGCGUUCGAGACUCAGAUCAGGCAAGGCAAGGCCAAGUUGAAGGUUCUGCAUGAGUAUCUGGACGUCAUUUGGGAUGGAGUAUUCGUACAUCGAUAUCGAGACAAGGAUGCUGCGAUCCGGUCAGACUGUCUCGUCAUGUUGGGGAGGUUCAUCGAUGCCUACCCUCGCAAGUUUCAGGAUACGGACCAUCUACAAUACGUUGAUUGGGCGUUGACGGAUUCGGACCAGCAUUCCCGACUGGAAGCCGUCAAGAUUCUCGUCCCUCUCUACACCAAGGCCGACAACAUGUCCUCGACCAGGACGUUCACCAGCCGAGCCAUUCCUCGUAUCAUGGAGAUGGCCGUUCGCGAUAUCAACGUGCCCGUCCGCGUUGAAGCCAUCAAGGUCUUGAUCGCGCUCGACGCUUCGGGCUUCUUGAGCGACGAGGACGAGGAGAGGCGGGAGAGUUUGGGCUGUCUCCUGUUCGAUCGGGAGCCCAAGAUUCGCAAGGCUGUGUCCGGGCUCGUACGGAAUUGGUACAACGAGCGGACCGAGGAUCUAAAGGCGCUGGCGGCCGAGGAGCAGGAGCGGAAUGCGCCGCAAGGAGCGGCUGCCAAGCCCAAAGCACCGAAAAAGCCCAAGAGGAAAGCGCCGAAGAAGCGCAACACUGAAGCCGAAGAAAACGAGGACGAAGCGGUCGAGGACGAAGACGGCGAGCCAGAGGAUGACGCUGAUACCGACGACGCAGAAGCUGAAGCGGACGUUGAUGACGACCGCGAUCAGAGGUUCAUCGAGAUGAAGGUCCUGGCGUCGAUGCUCAUGGGUUUCUCGAGCCGUCUGGAAAGGCCGACCGAUCUGCAGGACUCGCAGCUCGCCGCACCGGUUACCCAGACUCAGACACAACAAAAGCAAGCUCAGCGCGAUCGGGAGCUACUGGCAGCUCUGGCGAGCGUGACGACGCCGCUCCAUACGCACGCGACCGUGGCCGCCGAGACGUUCUGGAACACGGACAUUCAGGCUGUCCACGAUUGGGAGAGCAUGAUUGCCUUUUUGGCCGUAGACCAUUCGACCAGCAAGGACGAAGGCAAGUUGUGGGCGCUCGAGCCGGAGCAAGAGACGUUCUUCCUGGACUUUGCGACCGUGGUAGUCACCAAGGCCGUGUCCGGAGAAAAGAGCAAGAAGAAAUCCGUUGACGAAGAAGAUACUACGGCGGCGGAUGUCUCCCAAGAGCUCGUCAACACGCUUCCCAAGCUGUUCACAAAAUACCAGAGCGACUCUGGCCGAAUGGUCGAAGUCUUGCGAUUGGCGUCGCAUAUCGAUUUUCAGACUUAUUCGGAACACCGACUGGUACCGGCCUACGAAGCGAUGUGGAACGAUAUCUCGCGCCAAUUUCUACGACAUACCGACGCCGUUGUCUUGCGCGAGGUGCUCAUCCUCAUGCGCAAGAUGAACUCGGCGACCUCGCUCGAGGCCACCAACCAGGAAAAGUUCGAUCAGCUCAAAGAGUCCCUGUCGACCGCGCUUCACGAGACGCUGGCGGAUAGGAAUUUGGCAGGCGACUCGCUGGAGGACGAGGACGUACAGAACAUCGAAUCGGGACUUUUGCGGGUCAAGACGUUGAUGUCCCAGUACAACGUAGAAUCGUUGUUUACCGUCAAUGAACCUGAAAGUGACGAGGCCGACAUGUUCGACGUCAUUUUGGCGCUGUCGUCACGUGGGCAAUUGGGCUAUCGAUCGGAAAUCAAGGUGGUACAAUACGCCAUGUCUAUCCUCUUACUCCAUCUGUCUUGGACGAUGAAGGACUUGAAGCUAGAGACAGUUCAAACCGACGACACGAUCCGCGUGCGGAUCGAGAAACAACGAGAUGCCGUCGCUCGAGUGUAUGAGCAGUAUGCUGUCAGCAACGAGACGAACGCAGUCGAGGCUGUCCGUCGAGAGGCCAUCUCGAACCUACUGCGUUUGCACCUGCUUUUCCGGCCGAUCUCGCCUCAUCCUGCCGACGCCGCGAUCGCCCCCGCAAGAAAGGUCCUCUCUCUGGAAAUGGACGACGCUAUCCAGUAUCGAUGUGCAGGCGCCAUCCAGGCUGCCAUCGAACGACAGACCGAGAUUGAACAUGGCGACGAUGACGCCUCGGACGCCUCGAGUGAUUUGACGGUAGACGAUGAUGAGAGUAACGCAGAGGAUGCUCGGAAACGACGACAGGAGAAGAAGGAUGGAAAAGACAAGCCUCCCACGACAGAGACCCUCGUUGGAUCGGCUCAACUUCAGGACCUACUGUGGAGUUUCAUCCACGCUAUGCGAGCCCGAGUCGUCGAUGCCCAACACGCCGGGGUCAUGCUUUCGCAAUAUGGCCGCCUCGACAACUCUUUUGACCAAGCCAUGCCGUCUCUGGUUGAGGUUCUGCAAGAGGAAGGUCUUUACAACAAGGAUUCGGAGAUGGUCACCCAUGUCGCAGCUCAGGCAUUACAACAGUCUUUCGAAGUCUACCUGGAAUCGACAUGCGAAGAACUCCCCGUCCACACGAUCGAUCUCGCCCGUCUACUCUCCCGAGCCUUCUUUACGCACAAGGCGGCCUUCAAGGUUCAACGACAACUCGACGCCUCAGCCAUAAGCGAUUUCCAUCAGGACGGAUUGUCUUGGGCCUUGACAAAGACGUCGGGAUUCUUGCGACAGGAAAAGGCGAGCAAGGUCAAGAAGCUGAAAGACCGGUUCCGAGGCAAAGCGGCGGGUGCGAUCAGGUACUUCGGGGUUUUAGGGAUCCUCCUACCUGGAGUUGAGGGAAGGGAGGCUCUGAAGAUUAAGCACCAACUGGACAUCACCAUGAAAGACCUGGACAUCAAACCGGCCAAGACGAAAUUCUGGGAACCUCUCGCGCAUUACGAUAAGCGGCUCAUCUCGGUCGCCGCUUCGGACAACAAGGUCAAGGCGGCCUCGAAGAAACAGGUCGACAAUUCGAAAUCGAAAGAGGUCGUCGACGAUGAUACGGAGGAAGAUGAUGAGAACGACGACGAGGUCGACCAGGCAGCUGCUUCGAGACCCGCGCCUAAGCAACGGAGACGCGGCGAGGAUCAACCUGAAGUGGAAGUUGAAACAGGAGGCGAGGAUGAAGAGGGCCAGCCGGAGGCUGAAGCUGAAGAUGGCGCCGGCUCAGAACCCGGCGAGGACGAGGACGCCGUUGAUCUCGAAGGCCAACAAGAUGGAGAAGAGGCGGACGAGAUCGAUCGACCCGCCACUGCAGGUUCCAAACGGGCUCGGGAGGAGGAUGACGAGGUGGAAGUAGAGAAUGAGGGUCAGGACGAGAACGGCGAAGAUGACGGAGCCGAGGAGGAGGAUGAUACGGUGCAGGAUCGGCCGGUCAAGCGGACCAGGAGGGAAUGAGGGGCCUUUUCGCUAGGACGUGUUUCAGUCUUCGAGCAUGUUUUACGCAUCGAAAGAGCCUGGUGCUGUUGCUUCUAUGUCAUUACGCUUUAUAAUCAGUAACUUGUAUGUCAACAUCGCAUCGAUGCCUUACGAAC